AUGGCCAACUGUGCCGUGUGCUUCGCAGCCUUGAUGUUCAGCCAGAGCCAGACCUACUUCUCGCAGGCCGUUAUAUUCAUCUUCACACAUUCGGAGUCGGGCAGCGCGGGCCUCAUUCUGAACCGCCCCACUGAGUUCACACUGGGCAAGGUGGCGGGCGCGGAGGAGAUGUGCCCCGAGUUUGCAGAGUCGCAGUUAAGGCUGGGUGGGGACGUGGGCAAGAGCACGCUGAACAUCCUGCACUCGUAUGGGGAGCUGGAGGGGGCUAUUGAGAUUGUGAACGGGAUUUAUCUGGGCGGCUUCGAGGCUGCCAGGCGGGCUGUGAGGGAGGGAAACGCCCAGGGAAAGGAUUUCACUUGGUUCAUGCACCACGCAGGUUGGGGGCCAGGGCAGCUUGAAAACGAGUGUUCUUCCGGCGUCUGGUUCACGGCCGCUGCUGGUCGCGAUUUGAUCCUCCAGCCCCGUGAUGGUAAUGAUGCCCCAGCGGACAUGUGGCACGAGGUUCUGCAACUCAUGGGUGGGGAGUACAGCGAGCUCUCCAAAGUCGUGCAGCAACCCUACAGGGCUGACAUAAUGGGCAACGAAGGCAGAGAAGGGGAAGAUGUUUAG